AUGGAUUCCGGAUUCGACGGCUUCCAAAAGGUUUUAAACAAUAUUGCUCAUUAUCUUCACCGAGCAAACUUCACUUUCAGCUUUGUCUCGGUUUUUAUCAACAUUUUUCACUUUAUAAUUCUCACUCGAAAAUCUAUGAGAACUUCUUCAACGAAUGUUGUGAUGAUCGGAAUUGCAAUCAGUGAUAGUUGCACUAUGCUCACUACGAUCUACAAACACUAUCAACUGGUUGAUGUGGAGAAUCCAGAAUGUGUGACCUCUGCCUAUAAAUACAAAAUCUAUAUGGAUCUAGUUGCGUGGUCAUUUCAAGAUCAUUUCCGAAGAUGCAGCUCAUGGAUGGGAGUACUCAUGGCAACCGUGCGGCUAGUUAUAAUGAAAAAAAUGACUGAUAACAAAAACUUGAUAGUCGAGAACAGAACCUUCUCAUUGCCAAUAAAUUGCGCCGAGUACCAAGAUGUCACCAGUCGGCCUCCAUAUUCUGUGAUGUUGACUCCAUUAUUUUCAUUUAAUGACAUGAUCGUUUUGAGAGUGUAUGUUAUGUUCGAUGCUAUUGUGACAAAGUUCAUUCCAUGUAUUUCAUUCCCAAUUCUCACUGUUUUUCUUCUUCGUCAAUUACGGAAAUUUCAUAAUCUUGGACCGUCGAAUGGAAGAAAACAAAGUGUAGCAAAUGAGGAAAGAAAUGAGCUGACAACAAAACUGAUCGUAUUCAUGACAAUUGCAUUUUUCAUCGCUGAAGCUCCGUUGGGUAUGAUCUAUAUGGUGAAGGUGUUUUUCAAUAGAAGCGAUCAAAUUUUGUAA